AUGGUCUUUCUAAUGGAGACUAAGUUAGGAGCAAGCAGGUUUGAAGGUAUAAAGAAGAGGUUGUGUAUGGAGGGGUGUUUUGUGGUAGAGGCUUUGGGUAGAAAAGGGGGAUUGGUUUUGAUGUGGAACCAAGAGGUAGAAGUGGAGAUUCUUAAUUUCUCCCUCUACCAUAUUAAUGCUAUAGUUAAAAGUGAGGAAAAGAAUCUAUCAUGGAUUUUUACUGGUUUCUAUGGGCAUCCUGAAGCAAGUAAGAGAAGAGGAUUGUGGAAGCUUUUGUCAUUACUAAAGCCUUCACCAGAGCAACCUUGGUGCAUCAUUGGAGAUUUCAAUGAAGUUGUUUGUCAAGCUGAGAAGGUGGGAGGGAAACCUAGACCAGAAGCCCAAAUGGAAGAUUUCAGAAAAGUUUUGGAAGAAAAUAGUAUAUUUGAUUUGGGGUGGAAGGGCAGUAUGUAUACUUGGAGUAAUAAACAUGGUGAUAAUACUUUUACAAAAGAAAGGCUGGACAGAGCAGUUGCAAACCCUCAGUGGUCUGAAUCUUUUAGAUUUAGAGAAGUUGAGGUUUUACCAGUAGCACAAUAUGACCAUAAAGCCCUCCUGCUUAAUAUGAGGCAUGAAUUGACAGUGCAAAGGAUGAGAAGGAGAGUUUUCAGAUUUGAAGCAAAGUGGAUUCGAGAUGAAGAAGGAGAGCUUGUGGUAGAUGGAGCAUGGAAGAGAUGGGUAGUAGGUGAUAGCUUCUUAAAAAAAGUACAAGGAAAGCUGUUAAGCUGUCAAGGGGACCUGAUUCGAUGGAGUUCAAGAAGAGAUAAGGACUUUGGGGCUGCUAUGAAACAGAAAACUGAAAGGUUAAAGAUUGAGCUAGAAAAUGAAGGCUCUCAUAAUAUUGAGUUGAUCAAGCAGCUACAAGGAGAAAUGGGGCUCCUGUUAGAGCAAGAAGACUUAAAAUGGAGACAACGGCCUUCAAGGGCAGCCAUAGAAGCCUGUAUCAGUGAGGUGGAACCUAGGGUGUCCAGCGAGAUGAAUGCAGAUCUUCAAAGAGAGUUCACAAGAAGGGAGGUGGAGGAAGCUUUGAAACAGAUGGGCCCAUUGAAGUCUCCAGGUCCGGAUGGUUAUGGAGCUUGUUUCUAUCAAGCUUACUGGAGCAUUGUGGGGGAGGAGAUUCUUGCAAACAGGCUGAAGAAAGUGCUCCCUGCUAUUAUCUCUAGCAAUCAAAGUGCAUUUAUCCCGGGAAGACUCAUAACUGAUAAUGUUAUGAUUGCCUAUGAAACCUUGCACACAAUGAAGACAAGACAAAGAAGUAAGGUUGGUAGUAUGGCUCUUAAACUUGAUAUGUCAAAGGCAUAUGACAGGGUAGAGUGGUCCUAUUUGGAGGCUGUGAUGAGAAGGAUGAGGUUUGGUGAGAAGUGGAUCUCUUUGAUCAUGAGAUGCGUGACAACAGUUUCUUACUCAAUACUUGUUAAUGGGGAACCUGGAAAGAUUAUUAAACCUACUAGAGGAAUUAGGCAAGGGGAUCCCAUCUCCCCUUACCUCUUUAUUAUCUGUGCAGAAGGUCUUAGUGCCUUGAUAAACUCAGCUGAAUCAAAAGGGGAUAUAAGGGGGGUGGCUAUAGUUAGAGGAGGAAUGAGGAUAAACCACUUACUCUUUGCGGAUGAUUGUGUGAUUUUUGGAAGGGCAAAGAUUACCGAAUGGCUGAAGAUUCAGGGUUUGUUGACAGUAUAUGAAGAGGCCUCGGGUCAAUGCCUAAAUCUGCAGAAGACCACUAUUUUCUUUAGCUCAAAUACUGCUGCUGCUACUAGAACACAGAUCCAGAGGGUUGCUAGAGUUCCUGUUUGUGGGAGUUAUGAAAAGUAUCUUGGUCUUCCAGCUAUUGUAGGGAGAUCAAGAUACUUUACAUUCAAAAAUCUAAAGGAAAGGAUCUGGUCGAAAAUUAAUAGUUGGAAGAAUUCUUUUCUUUCACAGGCGGGAAAAGAGAUCUUGUUAAAGGCAGUAGCUCAAGCAAUUCCUACCUUUGCCAUGAGUGUCUUCAGUCUCCCUAGAAGGUUGUGUAAGGAGAUCUCAUCUCUUUUGGCUAGAUGUUGGUGGGGACAUAAGCAGGAUGAUAAGAAAAUUCAGUGGAGGAGUUGGUUUAAAAUGGGAGAAUCAAAAAAGAAUGGAGGGUUGGGUUUCCGAGAUCUUGAAGGUUUUAAUAAGGCUAUGCUUGCUAAGCAAUGUUGGAGAUUGUUAACAGAUCCAAAUGCUUUGGUGACAAAAGUUUUGAAAGAGAAGUAUUUUAAAAAUGAGGGCCUCUUAGAAGCAAAGUUGGGGUAUGGUCCUUCUCUUGUAUGGAGAAGUUUGUGGUCCUCUCUAGAUUUAAUAAAAGAAGGGAUGUUAUGGAGAGUAGGGGAUGGCAGCAGUAUAAAAAUCUGGAAGGACAAGUGGUUACCAACCAGAAUUAUUCACAGUGUCCAAUCUCAAAUUAAAAACCUGUCAAGUGAUGCGAAAGUACAGCAGCUUAUUGAUGAUGACACAAGGGGAUGGAAGAAAGAACUCAUUGCCGACACUUUCAAUGCAGAUGAAGCUGAGGCUAUUUGUAGCAUUCCUCUGAGUAAGUGGGGUGCUGUAGAUAAACUGGUGUGGGGUAGUUCACAAGAUGGUAAAUUUUCUGUGAAGAAUGCUUACCAUCUAGAACAUGAAAGAAUGAAGAGGAGAAUAGGGGAAACCUCGAUAGGAUGCAAUCCAGGAAAUGGAUGGAAUAUGAUAUGGGGUUUGAAUGUUCCAAGUGUGAUAAAACAUUUCCUGUGGAAGGUAAGCCAUGACAUACUUCCCACUAGACAGAAUCUGUAUAAGAAGCAUGUUGUGGAGAAUGAUAAAUGUCCUAUCUGUGAACUGGUGCCUGAAACAGCUAUGCAUGUAAUUUGGUGUUGUCCUGCCACAACAGAUGUCUGGGCAGAAGAAGGAAGCCCUGUGCAGAAAUGGAGUUGUCAUGAAACUGAUUUCAUGGUUGUUUGGGAUAAGCUGAAUUCACAGCUGAAAGGGGAGGAGGUUGAGUUGGUGGCUUGCAUUAUGAGGAAGAUUUGGCUUAGAAGAAACUCAUUGCUGUUUGAAAAAAAGUUUGAUGACCCGAGAAAUAUUAUAAAAGCUGCAAGCUGUGGAUUAAGGGAGUUUAUCUCUGCUCAAAGAGAUCAACAGAAGGCAGUUGUGAAGGGUUCGAAUGAUAGAAGGAUAACAAAAUGGGAAAAACCUACAGGUUGGACAGUUAAGGUUAAUUGGGAUGCGGCUGUAGAUGCAAAGAACAAAAGGGUGGGUGCUGGUGUGGUUAUCAGAGAUUCAGAGGGUGAGUUAUUGGCUUGCCUCUGCUCCAUCUGUGAUCAUGUACAGAAUCCGUUGGUGGCUGAAGCCUUGGCUUUAAGGAGAGCUGCAAUCCUAAGUGUAGAAAUGGGUUUUUCCUCAGUAAUACUUGAAGGGGACUCUCAGUUGAUUGUUAAUGCAGUAAACAGUGAUGAAGAAAUCUGGGCUGAGUAUGGGAAUAUUAUUGAGGAUGUCCGAAAGGUGUUGCUUGAAAGACCAAAUUGGGGGGUUAAAUUUGUGUAUAGGGAAUCAAAUGGUAUAGCACACAAGCUAGCUAAACUAGCUUUUACUUUUACUGAUGAAAGGGUAUGGAUAGAAGAAUGUCCAGUAGAUAUCAUACAGGAUAUACAAAAGAAAAAAUACUGUAAUAGCUGA